UCCGAUUCCCUGCAGCGCAGUGUAUAUGCAUUUAAUAAAUAGAUCUUUGUAUUUUCGGCCAACUCACUUACCGACUCCCAACGAUUGUGUGCGCAGAUCGAAGUACGAAGCAGAAACUUGUUUUCUUAGGCACGCUGCUGUGGUGAAACUCGCUGCGCUGACUUUCUGGCACACAUGAAUCUACCAUGCAAGUGAUCGUACGUCAGUCGCGAACGAGCAGGGCUGCAAUUCAAACGUGUACAACGGACAAUAAACGAAUAAACGGGAAAUAGCUUUGAUCGUGUACCCGCUAAAACGAAUUUUCCACAGUUAUUUACAAUUUAAAAUAUACGAGUUGAACAACGCAAAGUGGUUUCGAAGUAAUUAAGGCAAACUUAUUUAAGCAUUUACGAAGUUAAUUGAUUGUUAAAGUGAUUUAUUGUGUGAAACUGAUUUGAAGAGAGUUUAACGGUAAAUUUUCGCAACGUCGCGCCACGUCACUAACAGCGCCGUUUGGUGUCUUUAAGAAGGACCAUAAGCCAAGAGUGAAUACAAUUUCAGAAGAUUUCCUCAAUAAAGCAGCGGCGUUUCAAUACACAAACAGCAUAUAUUUGAGACUAUGGCCAGAGAGUUUCUACAAUUUUAAAGACCGCCUUCACUUGCAACGUGUGCAUAGAAUCACAAACGAAUAAACGGUUUCGACCUGCACCACAACAUGUCCUCUUCGAUAUGUCCACACUUCACGCAGAACGCGUGGAAGAAGGAUCUCUGUUCCAAUUGCUUCAAGUCUAAAGACGAACACAAGGCGGGCAACUCAACUUACAAAUACACCAGCGCCAUGGAUCGUUCGAAAUUCACCACGAAUUUAUUGUCCAAAGCGGAUUUGGAUGCUAAGAAGACUGAUUACCCCAACAAAUAUAAAUCACCCGCAAAAAGCAUAAUGAAGAAGUCCUUUGCUUCGCUCAAAACCAAAACCAGUAAAGGUAAAACACAUAAGGUUACCUUUCCGAAGACCAUCUCUGAGGUGAUUGGUGUUGGCGGCGAAUGGUCCGACAACGAUUCGGAUGACGAUGAUGAUCACGACUUCAUGAAUAUCGGUAAUGAGCGCGACGAUAAUGCCGCCACCAGCACCGACGACGAGGAAACACUCGAACUAAAGCGCAUCACACGCGCCAAUACCGACUUCAACAUGAACAAUGGCAAUUUGUUGGGCGAUCCACAAGAGAAUAUUAAGCGUUCAUUUGCCGCGCUCAAGCUCGGCGCACCACAGGUCGAUAAGGAGGGCAAGAAGCAAACGCUCAAAAUCAAUGUUACACCAUUUGGAGCCACAGCGUCCACGGACAGCACCAAACAGGCAACAUCAUCGAUAACCGCCACAACGGCAAAGGCUAAAUUUGAGACGAAAGUGAGUGAACCGACUGAGCCCACAACGGUGGUCAAACAGUGUGCAACCGUUGUUAAGUCAAUAAAGAAGACAACAGCGGCAGCACCGCCGGCGACAGCCAAAGCGAAUGCAACGAAGAUAACAACAACAGCGUCCACAAAAACCACCACAUCUUACAUGACAGCCAGCACAAACAGUUUGCUGAGCUCGACGCAAGCUAAGCAAGAAGCUUUGGCGGCAAGCGAUAGCGAUGGCAAAAAUAGUCCACCCAUCGAACGCGCUAUGGAGAAAUCGCUGUUGGACGAGAUUUCCGAGACGUUGGAAAAGAAACAGAGCGAAUGCAAAAAGCUGGCCAGCGAAAAGGAGGUGUCCACCGCUUCAACCACAAGCAGUGGUAGUUCAAGCGCGACCAGCAACACAAACGGCACUGUAGCUUCAGCAGUCGCGCCGUCAAAGAUUAAAUUCGAGAUUAGCAGCUUGAGCGAUGCCGUAGAGAAUAAGCCAUUUCCUGACCUUAAGAAGCCGAUCGCACGCAAUCCACCUAUUACAAAGGAUCAUGCCAAACCCAAAAUAAAUGUCUUCCAUAAAUACUCGGACAGCGACAGCAACUGUUCGGACAACGAGAAUGGCAUCUCGGCAUACUAUGAUGUUGUCGAAACACAAAUAAGCUACGAGAAUCUGCCAGACGGCAAAUGUGAUGUGCAAGAUAAGCCAAGUGCGGCCAAUAUCGCCAGCACAGCCACAGCUACAGCGGAGAAUAAGUGCAGCAAGUCUGUAAGCAAUAAGAACGACACUUCGAUCUUCUCCAGUUCGCAAUACAUCACAGACAUGUUGUUGUCGUCGAAGACACGCGCUGCCUCUUACAAUCUGCACGAAGGCAACUUUAUGACCAGCAAAAUUACAUCGGAUGGACUGAUUGUAACCAAGUGCAGCUCCGACGAUGCGCUCGACUCGACGGGCAGCAGUUUCGAUGGCAGCAGUGAUGAGGAGACCUCAUACAAUAUGAUACGCAGCGAAUCGGACUCUGGCAUCGGCAUCAGCAUUGGUAAUGAGUACAAAAAUUGCGGAGUUGAAAAGGAACGCGUGCGUGUCGAGAAGAAGCUAAGUGUGAGUACCAACAACUCAGACUACGAGGAUAUACAAGUGGCCAAUCAAGCCAACACAACAAAUUCCGCCAAAACCACAACAAAGGUGGCAAACACAACAACAACAGCAGCCACAGCGAAGACAUCCUACAUAUUGGAGAAGAGCAGAGAGUUACAUGGUGAACCCGACGGUAGCGCGGAUCCGGAUGGCAGCCUGGAAAACAAAGAGUCACAGCAACAGCAACAACUGCCAGCUUUGCCUAAAUCACCGCCACCCACGAAACUGAUCGACGCACGUCCCUCUUUCUUGCAUGGCCUGCAGAAGCAGCAACCACCAAUUUUGCUGAAGAAACCGGAUCUUCCCGCAAAGCCGGUGGUGUCACCAACUUGCACGCCACUUAAGACAUUUGUCAGCAAACGCAUGCCAACGAACGCCGAACAGCAAGUCAUCAAUCAAUUACACUUGGUGAUGUCAAAAUCCAAUGAAAACCUGAACUUGAGCGCUGUGGCACCAGAGGCACUGAAAGAUGAUGCCAAGCUAAAGAAGGGCAGAGCGCCAAAUCCGCCGCCCGAGCAGAAAACUAGCGCGCCACCAACGCCAGAACGCGACUACAAUGUUGCGCUAGAAUUCGAGAAAGCACGCGGAACAACAGCCGAUGUCGCGGUGGAAGAGAAGAUUACCAAAAAAGUCGCCACUGCGGAACAACAAUCGGCGCCGCCAAAAGCUAAAGCACAAACUGAAGUCGAGUCGAAGGCAAGUAAUGAUCCGAGUAUUGACACUAAAACGUCAGUUGAUCGUUUAGAAGCAGACAAGUCGAAUGUCACAUCUUCGCAGUCGGCAAGUGAACAGACAGCAACCGCCAUAGCCGCCACAACAGCCGCUGCCAAUGUGGCCGUCGCUGCCGUGGCCAAUGCGAACAGCAUUUAUACGCGCAAAACAGCGCCAACUGCAACGAACGCUACACACAGCAAUCUAACGAAUGGCACGAAGAACGCCGCAUCGCCGGUUAUACGAGAGAAGGACAAACGCGAACGCGCCACUGUCAAUCCGAAAUUCCGCAGCCUCAAUACAUUUGUGACGCAACGCAGCAAUGCGCUGAAGAACAUGCAAUUGCAAACGGCUACAUCAUCGCUCAGCCUCAAGCAAUCGCUCACACCGGAGCCACUGCCGAAGAAUCACAAGAACCUGUCACUGUCCGAGGAAUGUUUGCCCGAUGUGACACAGACCAAUACGACGGUGAAUCUGCCGACGUUACCGUCGACAAGUGACAAAAAAUUGGCAUUGCAACAGCAACAACAACAGCCUAUGCCGCCACCAAAAACCAAAACGAAAUUUUCGAUUAAGAAAUUCUUACGUAUGGGUGCCAGCAAAACGACCGAUAAUCUACAUAAAAAAGAUGGCAUUUACUCGGAGAUUUGUACGGGCGAGGAGUCGGGUGUGGUGGGCAAGCCACGCUUAGUGAUCAUUCAUCCGAUCGACAUUAAUCCGACUGCCGUGGAAGUGGUCAAAGAUAUAACGAAGACCAACGAUGCGGUCACAGCCCAAACAGUGGCCGUCGUGACGGCCAAACCACCAGCGCCACCAUUGCGCAACAUGGACGCACAACGUUCGCACGAGCUAAACAAACCGGCACGUCCGCCGCCACCAAAAAGCGCCGAACUGCGUCGGAAGCAGGCAAUCAUCGGUCUAAAUGCCGUGCCUAUGUCGGUGACAGACUCGCCAGUUGCCCGCAAGGCCGGUGGUUUAAGUACGUCCGAAGCGGGUGGUUCUAUAAAAUCAAAAUCGGACAAUGUUUAUGCCAAUUUAGGCGAAAUUCGCUCAUCGAUUGCACCGCGCAAGCCAGAGCGUACGGCCAGCAUGCGGGAGCGUGAAGCACAAUUGGAAUUGGCACGUAAACGACAUGGCGGCGCGCGUAAUGAGAACGCCGAUACUAUCUCGAUUUGCUCGUCAAACGGUGAUAAUGUAUCGUACGAGCAUAAUAGCAAUCACAACAACAACAGCAACAACAACCAUACACACACAACAACCAAUGCCAAUGGUGCAAUCGCCGCCAACACGAACAACAACAACAACAAGCGAACCACAAACGCAACUCAAGCAAUGAGUCCACAACUUUCGCCAGCCGAUCGCGCUAACACGCCCACAACAGCAACAACAACCACAACCACAGCGGCGUCGGUGGAUGGCAAACCACCGAUCGGCAGUCGUACGAGUACCUUUGAACGUCGCAAAAGCGAUCCGAAAAUUGCAAUCGCCAAUAAAUUGGAAAUUUUCGAAAAUCGCACAGGUGGCAACACCACCGGCAGCAAUAGCGCCACGUCCACCGUUAGUGAAGUGCGUCCGACCAGUUUGAAGGAUUCGGUGCGUAAAAUUAACAGCACCAUCGACAGCUACUUGAAGGACAAACGCGAUUACGAGAAUAUGUAUGAAAUGGUGAAGAGUCCAUCGUCGCCACCAUUGCCUCCGACGCGUUCUGUGGAUUUGAACGCCGGUCAGCGUAUGUUGCCACCACGCCGUAACAAUAAUAACAAUAGUAAUAUUUAUUCGGACACCAUGUCGGUGGCGAGUUAUACGCGCAGCGAAUAUGGCCCGGGACGCAAUUACGGUUUGAACAAUAGUUUAGCCAACAUUCCACGCAUUAUUUCCGCUUCUUAUUGUGGCAGUGAAGCUGGCGAAUUCGAGAUUUACGCGCCGUACAGUUAUUACGGCAGCGAGGCAGGCGGUGAUGUAGCCACAGACAUCAAUGACAGCGUAUGGGGCAUACCAUCGGCCAUCAAGCAUCGUGCCAAGGCUACAAAUCGUUUGCGCAUGCGCAAAGGACGCAGCGUCGUACACAAAACCAUAGAGGACAAUUACACUGCCGUUGUCGUGGCUAAUCAUGAGGCCUUGGCGCAGGUGCUCGAUCAGCUCCAGCAAACCCCCGUCAUACCAGCUGCACUCCGCCCGUUAGCCAACGCCAUCAACUUACGUUUCGAGGAUUUCACCAUACUAGAGGGCGCACAAGCAUUCGUCGUCGGCAAGAAGGCUUUCCAUGCGGCGCUAUGGACCACAGCACCAGUCACAUUGGCGCUCUCGGCCGAUUGCAAUCAACUCUCCGGUGUCGGCGGGGAACUCAGCCAGCUGUCGGGUGGCGUUAGCGGUGUACUCAAUCCCAUAACGGAGUUUUGCGAUAUCGUGCCCAGCUAUCACUUGCCACUCAUGCCCUCGACGGCGGUGACCUUGCUGCAGGCGACCAUUUCUGUGCUGCCGCGCUUGCAAUUGGACACACUGCAGUCGAUCGGCGCCAUACUGAAGGGCAAAUCGCACGUGCUUGACAAGAGCAACUUCAAUUUCCGCGGCUCCAUACCGAAUUUGGCCGCCGCCGGCUUGAAGGACAGCGCCGGCGUGAAUGCACUGCGCAAUGUGAUGUCCGUGCAGAAUUUGAGCACACUCAAUGAGGAGUCUUCGCUGGAGAAGUGUGGCGGCGCUUCGUUGGAGUCAGCGGGUGACAACAGCGCCACAACGGCGGGCAUGCCGGCAUUUGACGAUGUCAUGACACGCGAGGUGUCUUUCAUAAUGCUGCAGCUGGUGAAUGGCAUGAAGAAUUUGCAGGCGAAGGCGAUCGAGGAGAUGCCGUUGAGCUUGUCCAAUGUUGUGCUGUCGAAGGAUGUGGAGAAUAAGGAUGCGCAGGCACGUCUCUGCGUGUUGCAAGGCAACAACAAUGACGAGGACGAACCCAUGGGCACACUUUGCAAGUGCGCACACAUCGCGCUCACCGAACUGCUGCCGCCCACCAAAAUCACGCCCAUCCUAGCCGACAUACUCCAGCAAGAGCGCGCCGAAUCGUUAUCCAAAUCGAAAUCCGUCUUGGAGUUCGUGCUCUGGGGUCCAUCCGACGUCGUGCUUUCCGGCUCCACGAAAGAACGCGAAUUGGCGCUGCAGCGUUGGUUGGACUUGGAGCGUGCCACCGUCUUGCAUGGUCUGGUGCGCACGCGUGUCGAGCUCACCGUCUACGAUGAAUGCCAUUUGAUGUUCUUGGUGCGUUCGACGGCGAAAAUGAUGAAUGAUGCGGCGAAAAUUGUCUGCAGCUAUCAGAAACCGACGACGGAGCAGUCGCAGCGGCAGCAAGCGGAUUAGUGUUUAGUUAUGUGGGUAUGUAAAUAUAUAAAUCGUUAGCAGAAGUGGUUGCUGUAGUGUGAAUUAGGUUAAAAAAAAAUAGAUUUAUGAAAAAUGUUUCACGAAAAAAAUAUGUAUGAAAAUGGAACAACAACAAAAUUUCGAAAUUAUACUUAAAAUUAUUCUGAACUCGAGUUGGAAUUCGAAAAUAUCUUUAAAUGUAUUUGUAUAUACUAUAUAUUCCUGUUCCUGUUCGGCUUUGGCAGCUGUUGCAACAGCGUUGAUUUCAACAAUUUCAAAAUGUUGCAACAUUAUUUUCCGAACAGAAAAUUCAGUCCAAAAUUAAUGUUGUGCUUGGAGCAAAACUUUCGAAAAUUAUUUAUUCUAAACUGAAACCCGAGGUAAUAUUUCUAAUGAUUUUUUUCAGAAACGAAAUUCGAAAAUCACAAAAACAAUGAAUACCGUUAUUUUUUGUGCUAAAAUUUUUUGGCAAAGUAAAUUCUUAGUAUUUAUUAUGCAUAUGGUCCAUGGUAUCUAAAUUUUCGAAAAAUUCAAAAUAGUUUCCAUUUCAAAAAAAUCCGAAAAAUUUCGAGCUUUUGAGUAACACUCGAUAAUGCAAGAAGAGAAAAAAAUUAGGUAAAAUAUUUGUAUAUUAACAUAACUUUAUUAGGAGAUUAAUUCUUUUUAGAAAAUAACAAUUGUUGUUGUUGUAUGCAUGCACAAACACUCGUUUUGCAACAAAAAUAAAAACAAAAAAAAAAUAUUUAGAAGCCUUUCGCUUAUGUAAAGUGCCAAAUUUACAAAGAGUUCGAUUGCAAGAGAAAAAGCAUCAAUUAAAAAUGUAUGUAAUGAAAGAAAAAACAAAAAAUCUGAAAUUAAAAAAAAUCUGUAAAUCGAAAUGCUCUCUACUUUCCACGCCUUAAUGCAUUAUUAACAACUAAAUAUAAUAACUGUAAGCCAAUUUUA